GAUUAUAUUACAUUAAAUAUAUCAUAUCAUACUGGUAUAUCAACCUGCAUCUUUCCGUUAUAAGGGAUUAGUGUAUAGGAUGAGCCCUAAAAUAAGGGGCAGUUAUUUGGAGAAACAAGAGACUAAAAAUGCAGUGGACGAUAUUAUAGACGCCUGCUGAGAAAUCCUCGACCGAUGGUGCUUAAUGUAAUUGUACCAACAAUUAAUUUGGAAGCAAAUGACGAAAGACAUUCACCUCCGUCAUCCAGCCCGGAGAACGAAGAGAGCGCCUGGACAGCGCCACUUAGCGGCCGCUCUGAGGAACUUAAGGAAAAAGGAAGAAGAAAAGAGCCUGCGCUUGUCGCGCUUCGCUGACGUCAUCGAGAGACGCGGUUGCCAGGGCAGCCAACGCUGAGGAAGAUGAUGGAGGAGAGCGAGGAAGAGCGGCAACGACUGAUGCUGAGGAGGAGAGUGGUGACUCUUCAGGUGCCGGAAGCAGGAUAGUGGGUGGCAUCGGUUGGCAUGGUGGACCUGUCACUCAAGGCAGACCUAGGGGCUCAUGUCAGGGGUUACCUGGUCAGGAAGAGAUUUCAAAGCUUAAAGGGGGAAUAUGAGAGCAUCGUCAAGGAGAUUGAAGGGGAUCUGGAUUGGCUGAAGUGGGACAGUCAUUCCAUGCCUGUGCCGGUGUUUCUUCCAAAGUCUGUCCAGAAACCAAUAAAAGCCAAGGAAUUAAGUGUCCAAGAGCCAGGGGCCAACAAGUUGCAUGAAAAGGAGGCAGUGCUUUGUCGUCAAGAUGAGCUACUCUCCAAAAAAGACCUUGAUUACAAGAUGCAAUCACCAGCUGAAGUGGUGGCAGAAACUGAGGCUGAGGAGCAUCUUGUGGGCAGGCCCCCUGGGAAUGCUUGCAGCUUGCCAGGAGAGAGUGAGGAAGGCAAGCACCACAGUAGCAUGUCGUCUGAAUGGAGCAGCAUGAUCCUCAACAUGGAGUCUCCGAGGGUGAGCCAAGAGCUUCAUUUCCAAAGAGUACCAGAGAUGCCCCAAGCUGUGCCUGACCUCCAGUGCUACUGAAAGCACUUGGCCAUGGAGCUGCUGUGGCUGCAACAAGCGAUUGCCAGCCGUAAGAACUAUUUGAUCCUGAAACAGAAGUUGGGGAGCCCAGAGUGACUGCCGACUUGGAGGUCUCCAGCCUAUGUUCCCAGUCAAACAGAAACAGAUGUAACUGCUCUUACCAGCCAUCAGGGGGAAGAAAGCAUUGGGGGAGCAGCUCCCACCAUGACUGCAGGGAAAAGCUUGUAGUUCCCUGGAGCUGGCUACUCUACAUGCCCCCAGCUUUGAUGUUUGUGAAAGCAACAGUGAAGACUCUCUUCCGAUUUAUCUGUUGUGAGUGAGGCUCAGAGCCCAUUUCUACAGACUGAUAGCUGGUCUACAUUGGAUGAAAUCUGAACUUUACACGAGCUAUUAGCACCCUUUAUGGUCUCUGUAUUGGCUUGUUCUGCAGUCUGUUGGUUGUUGACCUUGGCUGCAUGUGGAUGAUUUAACAGAAGGAGGUAAGUCCCAAAUUGGAGGCGGAGCUUUGUGGCUUCGUAGAGUUCAGCUCCCAUAACUGUACUCCAGUGCUUACAAAUAUCACUGUGAAGUGACAGACAUGGCUCUUAACCUUUGUAGAAUAGGCUGCAUUCAAGCCACACAGUGUUUAGAUGUGCAUCAGCACACCCACAACCACCUCUCCAUCCUCCAUGGACAAUAUCUAAAAAGGUUUAAAUGCACACCUGUGACAGCGGGUGUAGUGCAGAGACUUUUAAGGGAAGAUGGAUGAAGAAAAAGCCGAUACUGUGGAGAACACACAAGAGGAUAACAACUGGGUGGCAUCAUCAUGUAGGUGUCCCAUAAAAAAUGAGGGAACAAUGUGU